AGGAAGAGAAAGCCUCCUGUAUGGUUCGGUGACUAUACGGAGAUGAAGAGGAGACAUAGGCCAUCUUCGACUUUUGAUCCCCUGGAGCCACCGGAUGAGAAAUUGUUAACCACUUUCCGAAAGUGGUGUGUUGGACUCAUUCCGAACCACCGACUUCGGGAUUUGAGAAGUGGUGAUUACGGUCCAGGAUUCUUUUGGAUAAUGCUCACACCAAAGGAAUGGCUUACAGAUGACCAUAUAGAUGCAGCAAUGCAUAUGCUGAGGAGGCGACGCACCGACUAUCCACUGACAUUUCCUCAGAAGGGUAUCAUUCUCUCCACAUUCGUGACCGCCAUGAUCAGCAAUGCAUGGACGAGCCACAAGGGUCCGAGGAAAAACUUUAAAUGGGAGGAAUAUAUCCUGGACUACUGCACAGGGUUUCAUAAGUCCCAAGUCUUUGAGAGAUGGAGGGGUAACGAGUUUAUUUACUUCGUUCUGCACCUUCCCACGGCAAGACACUGGGUCACGAUUGAAGUCGACAUAGAGCCGUGGAAAAUUAAUGUCUACGACCGUGAUUCCGGCGUACGUCAUUGGACCGCCAUGGAACCCAUCAUGAAGGUUUGGGCGUAA